AUGACGAAACCUAACGACGAGCUCGACAACCUUCCGGUUCCUGCUCAGCAACCUGGUACAGACGGCGAUGGUGCAGACUCUUCAGACGCCGCUGCUGAUGCCUCUGGGCCCCAGAAGACCCCUCUUCACCACCACGUUUCCUGCGCCGCCAUUACCCCGCCGGCCAGUCCCCCCGUGCCGUCAAGGCCGCUUGAAGAGGACGAUACCCACUCCAACUUUUCUUCGACCGCUGUGACUGGCACAGCUGCAGCAACCGCUCCCCCCAGUGACGACACAUGCUCGCUGGCGCAGUCGCAAACAAGCACCGCUUACAGUUCGCGCAGGGAGUACAUGGACAGUCUGGUGCCGCCGUCGCAGGACGAGUUUGAAAAGAUUGCCGAAGUACAGCGCACGCGCGAAGACGAAAUCAAGAGGAACAAGUCCAAGUUGCGUUCGAUGCAGACCCAACACCUCCACGACCACUUUCACAGCCCCCGGCGCUCGCAGGACGGGGGAGGAGAAGCCGGCGCCGGGCACGAGGCGCAAUCGCAACCGCAACCGCAACCGCAACCGCAACCGCAACCGCAACCGCAAUCGCAGCCGGAGACUGGAGGGCGCGAGAGGAGUGACAGUGACGCCAUCAACCGGGCCGCGGCGCUGAUCCAACGAAACUACCGCGGGUAUCGCGUGCGGCGAGAGAUGAAGGGCCUGAGCCUGGACCCCUCGACGAGAUGGGUCUCAGCCAUUGACGAGCUGCAGUUCCGCGAGCUCAACCGCCCACGCGCAAAGAGCUCCGCCAGCGUGGCGGGGCUGGCCGCCGGCAACAACGAUCAGCACAGUCUGCUCUCGAGAGACUCGGAGGGGGGCAUGAGUCGCCCGACGACGGCGCGGGACAACUGGAAGAAGGCGGCAACGAUCGCGCGGCGAGCGGGCCACGACGACGUCGAGUCCGACUCGGACGCGUCCGCAUCGUCGUCGGAUGCGGAGGAGACGCCCGAGCAGCGGGCCGAGAAGAGGAAGCGCCGCGAGGAGGCCGUCGCGCAGAGGAAGAAGGACUCCAAGAUGAUGGGGCUGCAGUACUUCCUGGAGAUGGUCGACCUGAAGCACCGCUACGGGAGCAACCUGCGCGUGUACCACGAGGAGUGGAAGAAGGCAGACACGAACGAGAACUUUUUCUACUGGCUCGACUACGGCGGCGGGCGCAACGUGGAGAUGGAGGCGUGCCCGCGCGACCGCCUCGAGCGGGAGCAGGUGCGGUACCUGUCGCGCGAGGAGAGGCAGUACUACCUGGUGCAGGUCGACGACGAGGGGCGGCUGUGCUGGGCCAAGAACGGCGCGCGCAUCGACACAACGGAGGCGUUCAAGGACAGCAUCCACGGCAUCGUCCCCGCGGACGACCCGACGCCGGCGUGGUCGCAGAACAACCCGCCGCCGCCGGCACCCAACUCGGGCAACAACGACGCCGACGACAGCCGGUCCGAGUCGUCGGUGGAGUCGGCGCUGGAGGCGGACCGCGCGGCCAAGUACGCGACCCCCGACCUCGACGGCGCGACCGGCGUGCGCAAAGUGUCGCACAUCUCGGCGGCGACCGUCUUCAACAAGCUGCUGCGCAAGUCGGUCAAGAAGAACACGUGGAUCUUUGUCGCCGACACGAGCUUCCGGCUGUACGUGGGCAUCAAGUCGUCGGGCGCGUUCCAGCACUCGAGCUUUCUGCAGGGCAGCCGCAUCUCGUCGGCCGGGCUCAUCAAGAUCAAGGACGGGCGGCUGUCAAGCCUGUCGCCGCUGAGCGGGCACUACCGGCCGCCGGCGUCCAACUUCCGCGCCUUUGUGCGGAACCUCAAGGACGUGGGCGUCGACACGUCGCACGUGAGCAUCUCCAAGUCGUACGCCGUGCUGGUCGGGCUCGAGAUGUACCUCAAGACGCGCAAGAAGGGCAAGCGGACGCUGGAGAAGAUGACGCACAAGAAGGAGAAGAUCAUGGCGCCCGAGGAGUUCCGCCGGCGCGAGGAGGACGAGCGGGACAAGUCGGAGAGCGCGGAGAAGGAGCGCCAGGUGCUCGAGAAGGAGGCCGAGGAGAGGGACGAGAACCGGGUGACGGUGAAGCUGAUGCGGAAGCUCAACCUCGCGCCGCAGGUGCCGUCGGGGCAGAAGGGGCCCGAGGAGAGGGAGGAGGGGGAGCCGGUGAUGGAGACUCUGGCCGAGGAGCGGACACGAGAGGAGGGGGGCGGCGGUCGGAGGGCUGGAGCGUAG